AUGGCCUGUGAAUCUUCUGGGAAACCUCUGCCGGAUGUAGCAUGGAUUAGAAAUGGAGUACUGGAAAGUUCAGGGAAGAAAGUUACGUUUUUAAAAAUCGAUAAUAUAAACAGAGCAGAUGCAGGACAAUAUACGUGUCGAGCCAAUAACUCAGUGGAAGUCACUUCUAUUGACACAUCAAUUGUAGUUCAGUGUAAGUAUAUUUUAACCUUAAUUUUCUACUUCUGAAUUUACUUUGUUUACGGUGCGAAUCCUGUUAUUGGUGUCAGUUACCCAGGACUGGCAAAUCUGUUCAAAAGUGAAAGGCAACAGCAUUCCACAUCAAGUCCUUGUCGGCUUUGUAUACAUUGGUCCCAAUUAUUGGUUUUGGACAACUGAAUUUGCGUGGAAUCAUUGCUCAUGUUAUUUUACUUCGAAGGAUGUGACAUUUUUUGUCAUAUCACUGCUUCAGUUGGACUGUGUUUAACUCAGGAAAUGGCUUAAGACCAUUUCCGAAUCAUUGUGACAAUCCAAAAUUCACUCCGUUUGACUAGCGCACAAAGCUAGCGCAUAUUCUGAUUCUGUGUGAGGGCUCUGGUUGGGGCUUAAUGGAAAGCUGAGAAUUGGUCAAAAUUCUGUCAGCUGAGAAAUUACAGUUUUCUUUACUAAUAGCUGAGAUUAGCUAAUAGGUGCGAAAAUCGGCUUAAACUAAAACUGCGUACCUAAGAUUUGCGCACAUAUUUGCAUGUGUGACAUUCGAGAUAUAUUAUUUCAGGGUGAGAAUCCAUUUUAUAUUUAAUUAUUCGUAAGCCUUGCCACCCUAUGCUAAAUACUCGACUGCCAAAUAACACAAAAGUGACGGACUGUACUAUGGAAUGAUUACAAGCUUCACUUUUUUGCUCAUUUAGAGACAGGGAAAGGAAUGACAAAUCCUGCACUCGAGUAAUUGAUUUCUAUGGCUUUCUGGUUUUGAAGGUUGUGUAACCUGCCAGCACUAUGCCGCCCCCAUAUGAGAGAUGUCUAAUUGUUUCAGCGUUCACAUCUCCUCAGAUAUUGGACCCCUGUUGUUCAAUACAAAGCAAGUUUACUGAAGUCCAUACCUCACCCUUUCAUCAUUCAUUAUUUAAUUUUAGUGGCUCACAGCCAAUUUGAUUCGUUCAUAGGUCUAUUUAUAAUUUGGAAAGCUUUCUGUUCUUAUCAGAUAAAGAAAAAAACAACCAACCAAAAAAAAUACAAACAAAAACGACGUAAAUGUCCAGAAAUGGCAUUUCGCCCAAGCCAUUGUAGCAUUAGGGUUUGCUGCUCUCACCAAUCACAUUAUGGCUUUAGGGUUUUCAAAAGAAAUUAAAGAUAUGAAGUUUUUGCUGAUGGAGUGAAAUGAACCUGUUAAAUUCUUGUGGAAACUAGCUGCUUAUCUUGAUACAAGUAAUCCAAACUAUUGCGACAGAAUUUACAAUGUCCAAUUUACAGUAUUGUGCAAAAGUAACGCAAACGAACUUCGACAAAUUUCCUGGCUUUUCGUGGCUUUUCGAGGAAAUUUCGCUGCGAACGAAAUUUCCGCGAACUUUCGAGGCACCUAUCGUUUUAGUACGUCGAAAUUACGGACGAUAUUUCGCUGUGGACGCUAGUGAGUUGCGAACUCAAGAGGGAAAGUUCGCUCUUCUCAAAAGUUCGGCGCGAAAUUUCGAGAGAAAAUUCGCUCUAAUUAUUAUAGCGAAGUGUAGUCCAUGUAUUGUUGUAAUGAAUUGCAGAAAUAUUCGAAAUCAGUCUCAUCCACUCAAGUAACUAUUCUAUUGUUCCUUCCUGUUGAAACAUCAGUGAAUAUUUGAAUGUUGAUGUGAUCCGAACAGCCAGCUGUUCGAGUCUCAGUACAAACGACCACACAAACACUCCAGGCAAGUGGAACUUAAACUGGGUGCCAUUUUUUAUGAUAAACUUCUUCAUAUAACAACAGUUGAAAUUCCCGAUUUGUAGGCGAGACUCCGCGCGAGGAAGCGAGACGUGAACUGUUCGCAACCAUGGCAACGCAUGGUAUACCAAUGCUUCGUAAACAAUUCUCUCAUUCAUUCAUUGAUCUCGUAGCUCUCUGGUCGUUGCUAUGCCAAAAUUAUCGAACUAUACUAGAACUCGAAUCGAGCUCCUGUAUAACCAGGGCUUUCAUCCAGCUGGAAUAUUUAAAACCUUGAAAAGCGAAGGGUUACAAGUGAGCCUUUCAGGCGUCACUCGCUUAAUCAAGAAGCUGCGUCUUACUGGCUCCGUAGCAAUGACCAAUGAAUAAAGGCAGAGAAGUAUUUGUAACUGACUUUUGAGAUUCAACAUCCAAUUUAGCGACCAGUCGGAAUACGCGUGGUGCAACUUACAUCGGAUUUAUCGUUCUCUACAACGAAAAUAAAAUAGAUCAGUCGAACAAUGGGGAAGAUUUUCGUCAGGGUGAAAUUAGAAUACGAGUACCAAACGACACUAGGUUUCUCUUACUUGCAAAGUAAGUUUUCGAAUCCUCUUUCAUACUAUCCAAACUUCCCACGUUAAUAACGGAAUUCAAAUUUGUUCAUGUGUGAAUGUAAUCUGCGAAAACUAAAGAAACAUUCGGAUACCAUAUUGGCCAAAAACGUGUGUACUGUUCAUUGAAGUCAAAAGCGAUGCAGAAGAUUUACUAUUACAGCAGCAUCUGAUGACAAUGAUCAAAAAAGUUUGUUUUGUCUUUUCUGGUAUAAAACCAAACUUAAAGUCUUUAUUCUUGGUAAGUUCAUCGUGUCCUGUCGUGUACUUUGUGAACGUUAUAUGAAGGAUAGAUCGCGUAAACCGCAUCACAAACAAUUGAGUCUAUCCAGCGCGAAAUUUCGCGAUAAACCGACGCUUUUUAUCGCGAAAUUUCGCUAAAAUUUCAUUUCGAAGCGAAAAUUCGACGAAAUAGUGCUCUUUUUUCAGCAGAAAAUUCGCUCAAAAAGCCUCGAAUUGUCAUUCGAACUUUCGCACGAAAUUUCGAAGAAAGUUCGCGAGAACAAAAAACGAAACUCGGGCAUUUCGCUUGCGUUACUUUUGCACAAUAUUGUACAAAAAACAUUUACAACAGAAUUUGAAAACAUAAUGGAAGUUAUACUAAUAACAGCACUCAUUCGCCUCAGGCCCAGUGAAGAUUGUUGAAUAAUCGCUUCAACCUCGUCUUGGAGAUCGUUCAACAAUAUUCACUUCACCUUCCGCAAAUAAAUAUUAAAUGUACAGUACUGUGCAGAAGUAACGCAAGGAAAAUGUGCGAAUUUCGCUUUUUGUUGUAGUGAACUUUCGUCGAAAUUCCGGGCGAAGAUUCGAGUGAAAAUUUGAGGCUUUUUGAGCAAAAGUUCCGUUGACCAAAGAUGGCUAUUUCGUCGAAUUUUUCCUUUGAAACAAAAGUUCAUUGAAAUUUCGUGAUAAAAAGCGUCAUUUCGCUGCUUGGAUAGACAAGAAACUUAAGAUUCCGAAGAAGGGAUCAACUCUGCCUCCUUGAAAGGUAAUGCUGAAUCUAAAAUCUAAUGAUCACUACGCGUAAUUAAGUAUUGGUUGUAAAUGAGAGUCAGCGAUUAGCGUUGCCGCAAAACACAACAUGCGAAGUUUGGCGACAAAUUCUUCUAAAACUGAAAAAAUCUAUGUUUGCUGAUACUUACUUUUCCUUUUGGUUUUUCCUGUUUUUUUCCUUUCUGUUUGUAACCUUUCUUUCCCGCUGUUUCAUUUAUUUUUGCCAAGGGUGACUCUGGAAUCUGCAAGUAAGAUCAAAAUGUAAAUCUCUUCAAGUUAAUAAGUAUAGGUAUGUCAAACUUAAAGGCAGUCUAUUGAGCGAAUACUUACAAAUUUUCUCUUUGCUCUUGUUUGGCGUGGCGGCAGGUCGCUCUGUGUGAAAGUUUACUGAACCUCAACUUCCAGCGGUUGCAAUCCACAAUUGCUUUGUGCUCCUUGCGAGUAUUUCUAGGGAUCACCUUUACUUUCUGCCCCUCUUUAAGCGGGGACGAAUUGAUGAUUGUUGAACGGUAAAUGUCCGAAUACUGUUCACACUUCCAGAAGAUUCUAACAACUUUGUUUUCCAUGAUAGAUUUUCAAUUUUGAUGGUAGUAAUAAUAGUGGCUGAAGCGCACGACUUUGGGCUUUUACACUUCUCUUACGGCUAAGUCAGAUCGAAACGUCUGUAAUCUGAUUGGUCUCUUCUAGUUUACAUUGUCAUGCAAAUUACCUUGUUGUUUGCAGCUUUACGUUGAUAGUUACUUGAUAGUUUUGUCUCAGGUCGUUUAAAUUACAAAAAAAACAAAACAAAAAAGAAACAUGAUCAUUGAUCAUUCUUAACUUGCCCGUAAAGUAUUAUUAUUGCUAUCGGAAGAUAAUCGAAAGCAGUUUUCCUUUGUCUUGCUUCAUGAUGACGUUAGUUUCAAAUCCCGAGAAAUAGGUGGUGUUUGGAACUUAAAAUUUUCAAAGUUUGAUCCGUUUGCCAGCAGAGACUCCUAAAGGGAAGCAAGUUGCUUUCUGAAAAAUUUCAACGUGUUUGUGAUCAUUUUCAAUUUUCGCAUCCUUAAAACCAAAAAUUAGCUAAAAUUUAAGAUCUAACCUAACGUAUGAUUUACAUUUCAUUCGAUCUGAUAACGAAUUCCAUUCAUAAGAACGAAACUCAUGUCACAGGUUACGUUGUCACUCUUUGUGAUUAGAGUGGUUUAGCAAGAGGACGGGAACGUCAUUUCAGAACGGGAAAGCGCGCGGAUAAUCUGGACACGAUUCUAUUUCGACUUCUGGUGUUAGCGUUGCCGUUCUCCCCAUAAAUUUCAGGACGUCAUUUCGCUGGUUUUCCCGUCGUGAUCAAAACGCCUAGGAUUUCCGUUAAUUGUGCACUUAUAAACGAGAUAAUGCUGUUUGGAAUGAUUUCAGAACUCAUUUCCAGGACAACCAGGUUCCUUUCUUUGUUUUAUUCGGUGAAUUUGUGAAAAUUUACCGCUACAUUUAUUCUGGAUUCCCGAAAGGAAACACGAUCGUCAGCAAGCGAUCUAAGAUUUUAGGGCUCAGUUACCUUUUGUAAUUGAGCGUGGCUUUAAGCAACGCGAGGGCUUUUCUUUGAUACAUUUCUUAAACCAUGUAUGAAAACUCUAUGAACGGGUGCUGUUAAUUUUUAUCGUGAAUUAAUUCAUCUAUAAAUUAAACUUGCUUCAUGUUGAAGUUUAUCAAAAUGAAACAACUCGAAGGCUACCUGCUAUAUUAUUCAGUGUUAUUUGUUGUCAUUGUCGUUUUAACCGUAAUUUAAAAGUGUUCUGUUCAACACAACGCGACGGCGUUCUCGACCCAGUUUUUUCUCGGCAUUUUUGCUGCGCGCGCCGUUCUGAAAUGACGUUCCCGUCCUCUUGCUAAACCACUCUAUUAACACAAUGAAAGGACGCCAAGUCCGUUGCUGUGAACUUAAUGUAUUUAUACGCUCUUUAAAUGUUACAAUAUACUACUACAUCUUAGCUUUUAUUCUAUGUAAGUUUCCUGCGGUUCAAUAAACAUUAGCGAAAAUUACUCGACGAAAUUCACCUUGGUUUCGCUUUGCACAAACAGAUCAUAAUCUUCGCGAUAUCGACAUAUUAAAUUUCAUUUAACGGUUAACGCUCCAUAAUUGAGUGGCUACACACAACCUUAGAGUUUUUUUCUUUUGCUUUUUUCCCUUUUCGUAGCGCUUCACGCAAACUGAUUAUAAUCUUUGUCAUUUCUGCAUGUUUUGUUUGAUUGAACAAUUUUAGUGUGAGAAACGAAGUUUGUAAAUGACAUCCCACUGUUUAACUAUAUCAAUAUUGUAGAAAAUUAUUUGUGAUACAAAGAUCUUGUUGAUUAUGGACUUUCAUCAGGUUUGGUGGCUUCUAAAAGAGCCAUUUUCAGCGACCAACGAUGCGAUGUCAACAGAGAACUAGGUGGAGCAAGGCGCGGUGGCUCCAAACAGAGCCGUUUGUAAUAUUUCGCUUCGUUUGUAAUAUUUCCUCUCCCAGAACUUCUUUAUACAAUUUACAAGCUUGCUUGUUGUGAGGUUUUACUUUUAGCUCCAAAUAGAACUUGAGUUCACGCCACAAGGUUUCCACGGGCUUAAGGUCAGGACAUCUUCAGGGGCAGUACGCCACCAGUUGAUUUUUUCCUCCUAGAAGAGAGCUUGCGCUCGCCUACACGUGUGUAACAUUGGAAGUAUUUUUUUUUUCAUAUAUAUAUAUAUAUAUAUCAAAAUCUUAACAAUUUGAACCAAACAGUUUUAGGAAUUGUGUCUAAAGUUUCUAUUUCUUACGAACUUAAAUUUUUGGUCCAAGGUUUAGAACAUAGUGAAAUAAAAAAGAGAAUUCGGCUGUUGAUUUACUACAGCCAUAUCGAGAACCAUGUUAUUCUACCAAAAGCACAGUUAUCCAUUUCUGGUUUAAAAAUAAUUUCAGAUUUCCAACAGUUUUGGAUUAGCUAGAAGAAUUAGGUUGACAGAAGAAAAGAACGAUUUACAAAGCUUAAACCAUAUUCAAAAUAUCGCGUUCAAAAAUAUAUUUUAAGAACUUGAUAACACUUCUUGUCCUUCUCGUACUGAUUUACUUUCAUUUACUUUCAACAUCUAACUACGAUGCCAGUCAGCAGAAAUUGUAGAAAUGAUAUCAAUACAGUAUGGCAGAAUAUCCCGAAUUGUGUCUGGGAAAUUGCCUUCUUUUCAACGCGGUAGAAUUACUAUAAAGGUAUCCAGGAAUUUGUGAUGAAUUCCUACCUUCAUUUAGUUCCCUAAGGUUUUUCAUUCAAACAAGCAGUUUACUUACUAUUGCCCGUGCAAAUUUAAAAUACUUAUCAUAACUGUUUCAGACUCUCAGGAAGUAAAACGAGUGACGAUAGUAUAAACACAACCUGACCAAAAUCUCCCUGGUUUUCGUUUUGGUUUUUCGCUCUGCUGCUGCUAAAGCACUUCGCAACAGCAAACUUGAGGAAGCUUGGAUUGUUGACAAAAAACUGAAUGGUUUGUUUGCAUUUUUGGUAGUGGAGUCGAGCCAAAACAUCCGUGAUGAUUUUGAAGAUGGUCCUCUACCUAGAAGCAUACCUAUGAGGCCCUUAACUUGAGGUUUCUCUUAAAUUGAUCAAGGAAGGCUCUGUUCCUCAGGAAUUUCUUAGAUCAAUAUAUCAUCCUGGUACCGAUUGAGGAAAGUAAGGAAUGUCUUAGAUUCAAAUUUGUUUUCCGCUUUUUGCGAGAUGAGAUCCUCUCACGUGCAGCGUCUAGGGCACUGUUGCACUCGUCUCCUCGCUCAAAAUUAAGGAUUUUCAUCAAAAAUGUUUCAUGAGCGACAACGUUUUUAUUUCCAUUAAAACAUAAAGCUUGGCUUCACAAAUUGUUCAUUUUAUUAACAGAGGAUUUAAAAAUAGCUAUCUUCGUAAAAAAACAUAGUUGGUGGGGUAUUUUUCUUGCUGCAGUAAUGCUGUUGUUUUCAGUGUGCAAUGUGUAAGUUAAAGUAUUAUGCUUAUAGUCUAACCAUGGCUAAAUGACUUGCUAAAAUUUUCCAUCUCCAAAGCGUUAUGUUUUCUGCCCACGGCACUCCAUGGACUGAUAAAAGAUUAACCCUUCUUUGUUGCAUUAUCAUGCACCCUCUAGACUCUAAAAGAGGCUAUGAUUUAUAACCAGGCGAAAUGUAUGAGCGAUGAAAUAAACUGAGAUGAAGAUUUUGAAUUGAUUUUAAUUUUUAGACAAACCAGAAGGUGUGAAGCUCACUACCAAUGCUGCACAAAAUACCGUCACUGAAGGAGACACUGUUACAUUCAAGUGCAUAGUUAUGGCUGCUGUGCCACAAGUGUCAAUUUACAAGUUCUAUUUCAAUGGCAGCCUCCUAAGGGAGAACAGCAACAGUGAGUAUACUCUCAAUAACGUCAAUCGAUCUCAGCACCAUGGCGAAUACAAAUGUGUCCCACAUAAUGACGUUGGAGUUGGAGCAAAAGCCACCGUGAGACUUCACAUAAAGGGUAAGUAG